AUGUACAAGCAAAUCGGGGGAAACAACGCCACUGCCACCGGCAGCAGCGAGGGCACCACCGCCGUGUACGCGCUCACCGAGGGAGCUUACUUCUGCAUGCUGGCGGAAAGCGGCGGCGAGGCAGUGCUCUUCGAUGCUCCCGAAGCGAGCUUCACGUCAAGUUUCGGGGAGAAGUUUCCCAACGGCACUUGGCUUACGGCAUCGAUCGACGCGCUCCUCUCCGAGGGUACCAAGCUCAAGUACAUCGUCUACACGCAUCGCCACUGGGACCACAUGGGCGCGGCAGGGCUUGUCGUUGAAUACUUCGCCGCGGACAAUCCCACCGCUAUCGCAAGCCGGCGAACUCGCCUGGCCGUCAAAAAGCGUGACACCAAGGACCCCAACACCGUCUUCGGCAACAACCGGGGCGUCCCUGUCCCCGAGUGGUACCAAGAGGAAGUGCUUGAGGUGGGUGGUCUCCGCUUCACGCUGGAGAAGGCCAACGCUCACCAAGGGGGGGAUUUGAUGGUGACUCUCGACAAGCACGAUCCGCAGAAUGCUGGAGAAGGAAUCGACUCCACGAUCUUCAUGGUCACCGACACGGUGUUCGCAGGCUGGGCUCCCUUUUACUCGGUGAAUAUCGUCCAAGAUGUCAGCGACUUUCUGGAAGCUCUCGACGAAAUAAACGGCUAG